AUGCAGCAGACAGAGACAAGAGAUUACCUUCCGACCACUUCAUCAUCUCAAUUACCAGAACUGUUGAUGUUGGGUCAGUGUUUAAACAUCAGCAAUCAAAUGUGCAAACCAGAAGUGCAAACAGGAAGAGACGGAGAACCCGGUGAUGACGGUUUGCCAGCUAUAAAGCCAGAUGUAGAGAGGAUCAUUAUGAGCAGCAGUGACUUGAAGAAGAUUUGUUUUGCUAAUCCAACAUGUUGGAUGUUCACAUUGCUGACAGCUUUAGUGAUCACUGAUAUUGUAUUCAGUGCAUUUACUUUCUUGUCAAUAAGACAGCUGAAGAACGAUGUUCAAGAGCAGCAGUUGGUAACAAGUGAGGUGAAAGAACAAGUAAGUGACAUGUUAGCAGAAAAUGCAGCAGGAAAAGAGAAAAGAUCAGCAUUGUCUCCCACUUCAUCGCCUCAACCAGCAGUUGAUGUUUUUGUAUCAGCAAUCAAGAGCAUGUGCAAACCGGAAGGAGCUGUCUGCAUCCCGGGAGCAAAGGGAGAAGCUGGACAACCAGGCAGAGAUGGGUUGCCGGGAGUAAAUGGAUUGGCAGGAAGAGAUGGAAAGCCUGGUAGAGACGGCUUGCCUGGUACAACAGGUGCUACCGGCAGAGAUGGACCCGUGGGUUUACGUGGUCCACCUGGUAAGCCUGGAGCUAAGGGAAUGGGAUUGCCUGGAAAGCAAGGUCCAAUAGGGAUAACUGGUGGGAAGGGAGAGAAAGGCGAGAGGGGGGAGAAGGGAUCGAAAGGGUUAAACGGAGAGAAGGGAGAAGUUAUAUUGCCAAGUCAGUGUAAUAAGAGCAACCAUCAAGUUUUAAAUGACACUUGGAGAAAAGUUUCAUCAACUAGAGAUAAGUUUGGGCAUCGUCGCGAUAGAGAAGGACAUUACGGAUUUCAACCAGGAUGGCAUGUAUUUGCUGCUAGUAUUGGGGGACAAAUGCCUGAGACAUGCCCGCCAAGAGAACGUUGUGGAACGUAUGCACCAGGAUGGCUGAAAGGAUCUCACCCAACUGCGGUUGGACAGAGCAGCAAAGAAACAGUUUGUUUUCACUGGGAUAAUGGCUGCUGUCACUGGCAGGUGACUGUUGAUAUCACCAACUGUGGAGGAUUCUAUGUGUACAAACUGCCCAAUGAACCGUGUGACUGUUGGUUAGCUUACUGCAGCUUAGAGAGGAUCAUUAUGAGCAGCAGUGACUCGAAGAAGAUUUGUUUUGCGAAUCCAACAUGUUGGAUGUUCACAUUGCUGACAGCUUUAGUGAUCACUAAUAUUGUAUUCAGUGCAGUUGCUUUCUUGUCAAUAAGACAGCUGAAAAACGACAUAUUAGAUCUUCAAGAGCAGCAGACAGUAGCAAGUGAGAUAAAGGAACAAAUGAGUGACAUGUUACCAGAGUUUAGAGAGAAGAGGUCAGCAUUGUCUUCGACUUCAUCAUCUCAACUAGCUGCUGAUGUUGGAUCAGUAUUUGUAUCAGUAAUCAAAAGCAUGUGCAAACCACAAGGAGCUGUUUGCAUCCCGGGAGCAAAAGGAGAGGUUGGACAACCAGGAAGAGACGGCUUACCAGGGAGAGAUGGAAUUGGACUUCCAGGUAGAGACGGCUUGCCUGGUACAACAGGUACUGCUGGCAGAGAUGGUCAUGUGGGAUUACGUGGUCCACCUGGUAAGCCUGGAGCUAAGGGAAUGGGAUUUCCUGGAAAGCAAGGUCCAAUAGGGAUACCUGGUGGGAAGGGAGGUAAAGGAGAAAGGGGGGUAAAGGGAGGGAAAGGAGACAUUGGAGGGCAAGGGAUACAAGGAGUUAAAGGAAUUCAGGGAGAGAAGGGAGAGCGAGGUGAACGAGGAUAUACUGUUUAUAAGGGAGAGAAAGGGGAAAGAGGGCUGACUGGAGAGAAAGGAAUGAAAGGGGAGAAAGGCAAUAAAGGGAUACAAGGAGGGAAGACAAAACUGGAAUUACCAAGUCAGUGUAAUACGACAAACCACCGAGUCUUGUCUGACACUUGGAGAAAAGUUUCAUCAGAAAGAGUUUGGUCAAAACUUCGUUAUGACAGAAAGGGACAUGAUGGAUUUCAACCAGGAUGGCAUGUGUUUGCUGCUAGCAUUGGGGGACAAAUGCCUGAGACAUGCCCACCAAUAGCUCGUUGUGGAACAUCUGCACCAGGAUGGCUAAAUGGCUCUCACCCAACUAUCGUUGGACAGACCAGUAACCAAACAGUUUGUUUUCACUGGCGCAAGGAUUGCUGUAACUGGCAGACGACUGUUGAGAUAACCCACUGUGGAAGAUUCUACGUGUACAAUCUGCCCAGUGAACCAUGUGGCUGUGACUUAGCUUACUGCAGUGAUGCGUAACGUGGCAUGUAAAUAAUUGAUGGCAAAUGUGAAAUGACGAAGAGCUUGUAAUGUUAGUAGCAUAUGUUACUGUACAACUGUGUAUGUCGUCUGAAAACCGAAUAAAACCAAAUUAUA